AUGCUCGGCCUUAAAGGAAGCUUAUUUCAACUUUCUACCGCUACUUCCCUUUCAACCACUACCACCGCUAUUAUUAUUAUUUUGCCCUCCUCACUCAAGGUCACUCCGUGGUUCUUCGUCAUGGUCCUAACUCCCCUUCAAUGGUUGGCCCCCAAUGGUACCUCCUCAAUCCUGGUCCUUCCUCGCGAUCUCGGUCCUUCCUGGUGGUUGUGGUCCUUCGUCAUGGUUGUGGUCCUUUCUCGCGGUCCUGGUCCUUUCUCACGGCCCUGGUCCUUCCUCACGGUCUUGGUUCUUCCUCGUGGUCCUGGUAUUUCCUCGUGGUCCUGGUCCUUCUUCAUGGUUGUGGCCCUUCGUGGAUCUGGAUCUGGACCCUACUUCCUCGUCUAUACUCUUUUCUUAUCUUGUUGCUUCCAUUUGUUGUAG